CGGUAGCUUUGUCGUAUCUUAGCAACGCGCUACACACUUGCAGAACCAAAAACACAGUAAGAAUUGCAACCUUUCACCUUUUCUUUUUAAAAAGCAGUAUUUUUCUAUAUCUGUCAUGUCGAAGCAACUAAAGAAAAAAGAUCUAUCUUCAAACCGAAUGAAUUCAGCAGCCGGACAGACUCCAGUUAUUAAAGAAACAUCAUCGUUGGUUGCUAGCACUGCUGGCGCAGUGGUUGAACCUGAAAAAGGAAAGUUUCCUAUCUGGCCAGAGUGGAAUGAAGCAGAUAUAAAUGCAGAGAAAUGGGAAGGAGCAAAGGUUUCAAAAGAUCGAGACAAAUCUGGUAAAAGCCCCAGUCUUAACUUUUUCGAAGAUCCUGAAGGGAAAAUUGAAUUGCCUCCAUCAGUGAAGAUUCAUUCAUGGAAGCGUCCUUCUGAAUUUCUAACAAUGUCUGACAAGGCUCUUGUGAUUGUGGAGAAUGAAUGCUGGUUUGACUUUAUUUCAGCAAAUGAACAUUUAGUUGGUAGUGAGUUGUUAAGACUGAUAAUCAGUGAAAUCAACAUUGUUUGGAAAAUCUGCAAUGGGAACUUGCCAAGUGAAAAAACAGGUGUAACAGACCCAUCAUCGCUAUCAUGGAAACCUUGGGAGCACAUCUAUGCACUCUGUAAGGCUGGAAAGGGACAAGUACCGCUGUACAACAUAUUUGGGAAAUAUGUGGUGAAGCUCUUCUGGAUGGGGUGUUGGCGAAAGAUCACUGUGGAUGAUACUGUACCUUUUGAUGAGGAGAAUAACAUGUUACUGCCAGCUACAACCUGUCGAACAGAACUGUGGCCACUGUUGCUGUCCAAGGCAAUCAUUAAACUAGCAAAUGUUGAUGUGAACACAUGUGGAAAAAGGGAACUUGGGGAGUUUACAGUCUUGCACACCCUCACUGGUUGGCUUCCAGAGGUCAUUCCACUUCAGGUUGGGUACCUGGAUAAGGUUUGGAAUCUUUUAAAAGAUAUAGUCCCAAAAUUCCAAUUUCAAGAUCAAGAAAGUUCUGAAACCAAAAGCCCCUCUACUGAUUCAAAAUUGAAGGACUCCAGAGCAAAUGAGGUCAAGAGUGAAACGCCACCUGCCAACAAAACGUCUGAAAAAUACAGCAAAGAUGCUGGGAAGAAAAAAGGUAAAGAUGUGGAGAAAAAGUUUCAUUCUGCUCGGCCUUCAUCGGAAGCUCAAAAUGCUCUGCAUCAUUCUGUCUGUGAGAGUGCGGUUCCACAGAUUCCACAAAUGGUUGUUUGUGCCAGCUAUUUGCCUUUACAUUUGUCAGAAAAGAAGAUUUCUAUCCUUGGCCAAAUGGCUGAUUCAUCAGAGAAACUACGGCAUUAUGGGCUGUCCCAUGCAUACAGCCAUCCAGUGUUAGUGACCAGAACAAGGUCAUGCCCCCUUGUUGCGCCUCCAAAACCACCACCUAUUCCUAGAUGGAAACUUAUAAGACCAAAAAGACGUACAAACCCAACAGAUGAGCCAAAAGAACCAGUGAUUGUGAAACCUGACCAGUUUGUUGAGAUUGCAAGCCCUUUCCUUAAUUACAGACUAAAUCCUAUCCAUAUAACUUCAGAGCAUGAGCUACACUCGUCGUCUAUUAGAAAGGAACUAGGUAGCCCUAGCCUUACAUCCUUUACAGAGACUGACCAUGAGAGCGACAAUAAUAUUGACAUUGCAAAGGAGAGUCUCAAGCCAGAGGAGGAGUUAGAUACUACAGAGGUGUCUGCAGCUGACAGAAACAAAGAGAACGCUGUGAGUGGAGAACAUGUAGCCUAUGAAGCUGUUCACAUGUCAGAGGAAGUUGCAGUAUCCAGCUAUGUGAUAGAUAAAUCACAGGAAGAUGUUCAUUCUGAGAAGCCCAUCUCCAGGGAAACAUGGAUUGACUUUGAUGACUUCUGCAAAUGCUUCCAAACUUUGUUGGUUUAUCAUAAACCAAACACAUACUCAAAUUCAUUCCAGAAGUCAGACUUUAAGUUACAAGAUGAAAAGUGUUCUUCUCACUACUUAUUUGUGGACAACCUGAAGCCAACAGAAAUCCUAAUAAGCUUUUCUGCACUGGUACACUGGGGAGACGUUGGUUUUCAGACCAAAGGAAAACAUGAAAAAGAGGGUCAGAAGGACAGCUGCUUGCCACGGCCUGGUUUGCUUGUUGUUGAACCUUUCUCCUGGAAAUGUCUGUCUCCUCGUCCACCUGUGCUACAAAUCCAUACUUUUGCCACCAAAGCAACAAUGUUGAUUCUGCCACCGGGGCGUCACGUAUCACGCUUCACUGCAACUUCCCCCCUAGGGUACCACAUCCACCUGUGCAGUACUGUGCCAUUUGUCUUUGGUGAGGAGGAAACUGUCAUGCCAAACCUUGACAAGGAGAGCAACUGUUUUACAGAACAAGCUCUGGUUAUCGUGAAAGCUAUUGGAAACGUGAUAAAUAACUUCAGUGACGAGAAUGAACUUCCCCAGGCCCAGAAAGAGAUGGAACUAGCUCACUGCCCCCCACAGCUGCACAGCACAGGCAUGAUUAAAGGACACUUCAAGGCCUUCAAUAAAGCCCUGUACUACACAAUUACCAAAGCUUUGGGAAGCACUAUAACGUCUGAAGACAUCUUUGCGAUCAGGGCACUUAUUUAUGAUGUUACCAUUGACAGGGACAGCAAGGAACACCUCUCUUCAGUACCAGGUCCCAGAACAGAAGAACCUGAGUCAUGGAUAAACAGAGAACCCACUUUGGAAGAAACACAGGCAGUAACCAAACUCCAGGCUGGAUGGAAAGGAUGUUAUGUUCGCAAAAUCAAACAGGCCAGUAAACCAGGUACAAAAGAAAAUGUGUUUGCCAAAAAAAUCUUGCAGAGAAUCUGGGCUGCACUGGAGCCAAAUACUGAACAGCAUGCUGUUGUUUUAUUAAGACACAUUUUCAGAAGCAAUGAGAAGUCAGUCCAACUGUAUCCAUGCUUUCAUGAUGAAUGGACCAAAAUGUGUUAUGAUGACUAUUGUGUAACAUAUCCUGAUCAACCAAUGAAUAGCUGGUUCAUAGUUUUCAGGGAGGUGUUUCAUGUCCCUGAAGACAUGCUGGUGAUUCCCAAGGUUUCCUGUUCCAUACCAGUCUGCAUUCUUCAUGUGGUUAACAAUGACACAGGAGAGGAAGUUCCCAGAGUCUUUCAAAAAGUUGAACCCAGAGUUUAUACAAAGAACAUUAAUGGAUAUACCUUCAUGGCUGAAGCACAUUCUGGCGAUUUACUGCUACCAGCAGGAAAGUGGAAAUUGCGCCUGAUUGGUUCUUACAAUCCCUUGCCAGUUCUCGGCCGUGAGACUGUAAACAACAAUUUUUCCAUUAAGGAAGUAAAGGAUUAUUUUCUGCCUAAUGAUAAAAACCUUAUUUGUAGGUACCAAGUAAAGGUUAUUUCGGAUCAUCUUGCCACUGUCCAAGUACAGACUUCCAAACCAGACGUGUAUAUCAAACUGCAAAUUCUAGAUAAUGAGGAUGAAGUGGCUUGCAGUACUGGGAAAGGUCAUGCUGUUGUUCCUGCUUUCACUUUUUUACCAAAUGAAAAGCCAUCAUGUGUCUCAAUUAAAAACCUGACUUAUAUAAUGACAGCCGCAUCACGUAAAGGUACAGCUAUACAAAGCCUGACAGUGGGAAGUAAAAAGGAAAGAAGCAGCUCUGCUUGCAGUCAAAGUGCCAGAUCUGUUGAAGAAUCCCAGUCUCAGCGGGAUGACGAGACCAGCAGCUCCACACCACAACCUCUGCAAAUGAUGCACAAGUACGUAAUUCAAGCUACAGUGCUGCACAAGAGCUGGACCCUGAAUGAAAGUGAGCUAGCCUAUGUGCAGGUGCUGAAAGAAGCUGAGAAAAAUGAUAUUAAAGUUCAUGGAGAGAAGCGUGAGGAAGCUACAACCCCAGUAAGCAUGGAGUCACCACACACUGAUUCACAGAAACCAGCAGCGACACCCCCUAAAUCAUCAAGCAAAAAGGGAAGGGAAAAACCUGUUGAGAAAUCUGAGAAGGAUAAGCCCAGCAAAGACAGAGAGAAGAUAGUGCCAUUAUCCACGUCCCUGGAUGCCAGUAAGCCCAAUUGGACUCUUCGUGUUGUUAGUGACCAGAAUGACGCAGAUGCAAUUGAAGUAAAAAAAGACACUGAGCGAGUGGAUGAAAUCAGGGCCUUGAAACAAGCAUGGGAAACAGCAGAACCAGGAAGAGCAAUCAAGGCAAUGCAGUCUCGCCUACAAUAUAUAAACAAAUAUUUGAAAAAGAUUUAUCCAGAGCCAUCUGCUGAGGGAGGCAAAGACAUUACUGCUGCAGCCCCAGAUGGAGAGUGUCCUGCAACACCACCUACUCUUGCUGCUCAUGAUCAGGUUCGAAGGGCUUCAAUUGAAGCAUUUGUGCAGCCACCCAUGGACUUUACUCCUUUUAUCAGAAAAGCCCUGCCAGAAGCUGUGCUGAAGGAUGAGUUUAUAACUGAGCAACAGCAAAAAGAGAAAUCUGAGGAAAUCCACCAGUUUCGCCAGUUUAGAGAGUUGGUAAUGGAGCGCAGAGAGCAGGAGAUGCAAUCAAGAAACAUCUUGAAGAAAAGACAGUUAGAGAUGUAUGAGCAACUGCAAAUAAUACUAGAUGAAAAGAGACAGAGGAUCUUGACGUGCAGAGAAGCAUACCGGAGUAACCUGCUGGAGGCUGAGCACAAGAUGAAGGAAGAAGCGGCUGCACUGGAAGCUGCACGUCAAGCUGCGCUGGCAAAGCAUAGCCCCCCUCCCAAGCAGAAAGGGAAAAGUGCUGGGAAAAAGAAGUAAAUGGAAUUGUAUUAUUGUUAUUGUUAGGAGGAGGAGGAGUAGUAGUCAUAGUAGUAGUAAAAUUAAAAGUUUGGUGCAAAUGGGGUUUUAAAAGAAAAGAAAAUUCAAAGAAGGAAAAAUCUCUCCUGCACUUGUAUAUAAGCACAAGUGCAGGGAGAAAAAAGAAAAAAAAACGAAAAAGGUGUUUUAUUUAAAAAUAAAACAACUAAACCAAAAAGUUUAACAAAAAAAGUUGCACUACUACUUUAGAAAACAGAAAAUAUAUAAAGAUUUUGAAAAUAAAAAGUUUAAAUAACUGUUUUAAUUGUUUUUAAUUGGAAAACUGAUGAGCUCUGAAAAGUGUGGCCUCUCAGUAGUAGUCGUAGUAUUAAUUUAUUUUACUUCAAAGUUCUAUAUUAUAGUACAGCACUAACCAUUACAUGAAUUUAUCCUACCACAUUUUGUAUUCAUGGUUUAAUAUUGUGUAUUAAAAAACUAUGUAUGUUCAACAAAAAUAAAAUGUAUUAAACUGUACUUUGAAAAUGUGCUACUCCGUCUGAUGUAGAAAUGUCAUCAUUAUACAGUGUCCCUAGCUAAUUUCAUCAUAAUUAAACAGAGUAUCAUCCAAUAAAUUGAGUUUUCUAUUACAUAGUUUUAACACUGUAGUCUGGAUUGAAUGAAACUGAUGGCAGCACCAUAGCCAUUAAAUCGUAUAGCUGUGGAGGCGCCGUGCAGUUACAUUUAUGUAGGCUGGUAAGUACCAAUGAGAAACUUU